AGGCAGCGGCAGUUCCCCUGCGCGCUCUCCCUCCUGCAGGCUGCACUCAUACACACACACACACACACACACACACACUCUUAAACCAAUAGGAUACGGAACACAGUCACAUACUCCAAUACUCACAAUCUGCAACUGCGGACACAGACUUACACACACUUCAGUGCGCAUUCAGGCACUUUUUGAGUUCAUAUCAAAGGCAGUUGCCGACACUCACUUUACACACACUUAUUUCUGUUUUACAAAUCUCAGCACAGAAAAAUGAGGACAGUUGUGCUUUGCCUUUGUGCCAAUCUCCUGUUUACUGCCACCUUGGUGCCGCGCACCAGCUGGGCAGCGGACCUCUCCGUCAACUCGCAUCAGAGAUGGGAUGCUAGAGGAAGCGGACCUACAGGAUCGGAUCCUGGUACCCCCACCUCCUGCUCUGUUAAACUGAGACCCUCGGGCCAGUGCGGGAGCUCCGGAGCUGGGGCAGAGGAUGCUGAAGACUGCCCUUACCAGCUCACCUUGCCUCCUCUAACUAUCCAGCUGCCCAAGCAGUUCAGGCUGCUGGAGAAGACAAUGAAGGAGCUGCAGAGCCUGAAGGAGGUGGUCAACAAGCUGAAGAGCGGGUGCCAGGAGUGCCGUGGGGCACGGGGCAAUGGAGCUUUUGGGAAUCAGCUAGCUGACCAGGGACAGGUCUCCAUUCAGAGGGAUGCCGGGGAAGAAGGGAGACUGAACCCAACAGGACAGGAGGGGCAAGGUGGAUCCAGCCAAGAGACGAGGGGAGAUGGGAUGGUUCCUGGAGCUACUGUGGAUGUUGGUGGACCCGGGCAUGGUUCUAUUUUGGGGAAAAUUACACCGAGCCCGACCACUAUGCAGGAGAUGCAGGUGAAGCUGAAUAGGAUGUCAGCCAGCCUGCGCAACGCCAGGAGCCAGAUAUCAGCUAUGCAGGGUCGUCUGGAGGGGCUCAACCUGCUCAACAUGGACAAUGUGCAGGCGAUGGUGGACAGGCAGGUUGAGAAUAUUACUGGCGUGGUCAACAAGCUCAGCUCCACCUGCACCACCUCGUGUCCGGUACAGAACAGCCCCCAGUUCAUCAUAGCACCUCGGGACUGUUCAGACUACAAUGUGCUGGAGGUGAGGAAGAAUGGUGUGUACCGUGUAACCCCUGAUCCUCGCAACGGGACAUUCGAGGUCUUUUGUGAUAUGGAGUCCUUUGGAGGUGGAUGGACUGUGAUACAGCAACGGCUCGAUGGGUCUGUCAGCUUCAACCGCACCUGGGCCGAGUACAAGAAAGGUUUUGGGAACCUCAGAGGUGAGUUCUGGCUGGGCAAUGACUAUAUCCACUUGAUGACAAAAGCCAAAGACAUGAUCCUGCGUAUCGAGCUGGAGGACUUUGAAGGAGUUCGGGAGUAUGCCAAAUACGACCAGUUCUACGUGUCCAAUGAAUUCCUGCGCUACCGGCUGUCUAUCAGUGGAUAUAGUGGGACAGCUGGAAACGCCAUCAGUUUCAACAAGCACUUCAACCACGACCAGAAGUUUUUCUCUACGCCCGACCGCGACAAUGACAUGUAUCCUUCCGGAAACUGUGGUGCCUACUACAGCUCUGGCUGGUGGUUUGACGCCUGCAUGUCCGCCAACCUCAACGGGAAGUACUACCACAAGAGGUACAAAGGGGUCAGGAAUGGAAUCUUCUGGGGAACAUGGCACAACAUGUCGACAGAGUUCUACCCAACCAACUACAGGCAGGCCUUCAAAACCGUCAAGAUGAUGAUACGGCCCAAGAACUAUGCCCCUUAAGAGGACAGGUAAAUAAUUAUGAGUAUAGUCAGACGGACAGAUAGACGGACAAACACGUCAUAAAACACAAGAACAAGUAGACUGAGAAACUCAUACACAUUGUCAUGCAUUUGCACACAUUUACACAUGCGUAAGUGUACACAAAAGACUAUAAGUCCUAUAGACAGUUUAAAUGCAGUAAUAACGAAAGUAAUUGUGAAAAAAAUUAACUGUGCUAUUACCUUUUUUCCACCGUAGUGAGUGCGGCCUUCAAAAUGUUGGAUUAAAAUGAUGAUAAUAAAAGGACAAUGGACUAUGAACGUUGAUGGACUAAUAAAAAAAAACACACAUGCAAUGUAAAGGCCAGCCUCCUACAGGGGCCAUAAUAUUAUACGGAGAGUUACCAUGAGAGAUUUUUCACUGUUUCCCUGACAUUUCUCCACUUUCUGUCCUGCUGCCUCCUGCUAUAAACCCAGUUGAGACGCAGCAUAGCACACAGUAGUAGUAAAAACUAAUGAGCUAUCACUUUCUCUGCUCUAAAUGGUUUAAUAAUUAACAGCAGCCACUCAAGUGAGGUAUAUGAGAGCUAAUGAUACAGCUCUGAGUGGGUCUGAAAUUCAUUGUUGAAGACUUCAUGCUGGGGUCAGAGACAAACUGCUUUAAAAUAAACAACACACUUUGGAUAGCGGUGUCAUUCAUUUAAUUACACUGAGACACCUCGCUAAUGUGUCAUCAUCCUAUACAAUAUAAAACAUCACAGUAUAAAUAUGCAGCCUGAAAAUAAAUUUGUAUUGGAUCAUUCCCAAGUACAUCCUCCAUUAUUGAUGCUUUUGUAAACUCUUCUUGACAGCAGCCAUGGAGCAGGACAAUGCUGCGAGAAAAAAAUAAAAAAGUUUUUCACCCUUAUCUCUGGGUGCACAGAACAACUGCACAUAGUUUGAUGCCAUCCAUCAGUUUUCAUAUGUAAAAAAAAAAAAAAAACAAGAAAGCCUCCCUGACCCACCACUUGUACAAUACUGCUGCCUAAUGAUAGAAAACUGUAUUGCAUCAUUUAAUCCAUUCUAUACACACUGUGAAUGGGAAGGAUGGGGAAAGAAAUGUUUCACUUUGAGGACGUGUACAGUAUUUAUUUUAUUUUGUGAAGUAUGAUAGCUUUUAUAUAAUACACGUGUCAUAAAGUACAAGGUUUAAAUGAUUGUUGAUAUUUGAGCAAUGAUAAAGACGGUGCAUUAUUGUGACCAUUCAUAGUAAUUAUGUGUGUAUUUGGAGCUUUGUGUGUGUACAAUAUUGAUCUUUUCUAUCAUUCAUAUUCAACUGUCAUGCCCAAAGAUAUGCACUUUUUAUAUCAGAGAAAAAUGAAUAAAGUUCUAACUCCAUGGCUGUGUACAUUGCAGUGUUUGGCAGUUUUACAUCAUAUCGAUGCCUGCUCAUCUUUAAAAGUCUGUCUCUUCUUCUGUAUUAGAUUUCCCUCUUAAUGAAUGUAUACAAAAAGUAUACAAGUUAAGCAUGAAUAUCCAUAAGUAGAAAUCCCAAACUCUGAAGUGUCUGCCAUCUACUAUUCGGUCAGGAUUUGAUGCCUGUAAAAAUGGAGAGAUGAGGUACUGCAUGCCCAUAACAAAUGGGUUAAUGAAGUGUUGGCUCAAUAAAGCAACGCAAUAGAAGAAUGAGCUCUUAUGAACUUCACAGAUGAUAAAUUGAAUGUCUGUUUACUGUAUGUGACGAUCAAGUUAAUAAAAAAAAAA